UAGUAUGUCCCCUUUGCUUUGCCGUAGUGACGUCACGCGAGCGUGUGUUUGAACUGCUCUCACGUUUUGUGCGUGUGUGUUUAUGAGCAAACGUCAGUAGUUUAUAUAUAUUUUUACAGUUUAAGAGUCAUGAAUGUUCAGCCAUCAAACCCCAACAAUCCCAUCGUGUUCUUUGACGUCACCAUCGGCGGACAGGAAGUGGGCAGAAUGAAGAUCGAGCUUUUUGCUGACAUUGUUCCCAAGACUGCUGAAAACUUCCGGCAGUUCUGCACUGGAGAGUUCAAGAAGGACGGCGUUCCCGUGGGUUAUAAAGGCUGCCCGUUUCACCGGGUCAUCAAGGACUUCAUGAUUCAGGGAGGAGAUUUUGUCAAUGGCGACGGCACAGGUCUGUGCAGUAUCUACAGAGGACCGUUUGCAGAUGAGAACUUCCGAAUGAAACACUCCAGUCCAGGACUUCUGUCUAUGGCUAACAGUGGGCCGGGAACAAAUGGCUGUCAGUUUUUUCUCACCUGCACAAAGUGUGACUGGCUGGACGGGAAGCAUGUGGUGUUUGGAAAAGUGGUGGAUGGUUUGCUUGUCAUGAGAAAGAUUGAGAACUUACCAACAGGACCCAACAACAAGCCCAAGCUGCCCAUCGUCAUCUCACAGUGUGGGGAAAUGUGAUGGCUUAACUUGUGGUGUGUGUGUGUGUGUGUGGGGGGGUCACUGAUCAUCUUCUGGAAUCAAACCAUUUGGCAUUGAUUUGCAAAAGGAAUCAUCCGAUUAAAGACAAACUGAUGAACAUUCUAUUUAACCGAAGGCAGAAGCAUGUAUUCUUUCUAUAUUUUGUAUGGCAAUGCUUUAAUUUGAAUUCCCUCAUAAUUGUUGACAGUUAGAUCUGUUUUCUGACCAAGAUACCCAAAAUAAAUGUCACUUUUUUAAUAAAACUGUAACAUUCAUUCUUUCA